GGGAGCCCUGGGGAGCAGCUGCGGCAGCGUCUGGGCUCAACACAGCAGCCGACCUGUCAGGCAGGUUUCCCAGAGCAGCCAGAGAAGCCAGCCAGGACCAGGCAUGCCCCUCCGUGCGCUCGCAGGCUGACGGGGCCGCCCGGCUCUCUCCUCACCGCCGAAGCCAUGCAGGCGGCCGGGCUGCUCCUCACUUGGGUGCUGCUGCACCCGGCCGGCACCCAGCAAUGCCACCCCAGCAGCCCUGGCAGCAUCCUCCGCUUCACCGACACCCAUGCCGAAAUCCGGGUACCAGCACUGCACCGGGUGGCCAGCUCACUCGACCCCCUCUACAGCCUCGUCCGACACUACCUGGACCUCAUCCAGCAAAACCCUCUGCCCACAGAGCUGCUCAGGGCAGCCCUGAAUGACCCCAGCUCAGUUCGGACAUCACAGGUCGUGCAGUACGAGCUGGGCUACGUCAUCUGUGCUGCAGUGGCUCUGCUCUUCACUGUGGCUGUUCCGGUGGCUGGGCUGUGCUUCUGCUACUGCCGGAGCCAGCAGCGGUGCGGGGGCCGCCUGCGUGCCCAUCGGCGCUCACUGGGUUGCCGGCGCCGCUGCCUCCUCAUCUGCCUCUCCAUCACCUCCCUCAUCAUCCUGACCAGUGCCAUCUGUGCCUUGGUCACCAACCAACGGGUGAAGGAGCAGAUGGAGCCAGGGCUUGGUGCUGUUCCAGACACACUGCGCACACUGCGGCAGCACAUUGACAAUGUCCCCCAGGGUGUGCAGAUGGUGGUGGACCAGUUUGAAGUGCCCCGGCAGCGGAUAAUCUCCGACCUGGCAGGAGUAAGUCGCAGCGUGGGACUCUCCAUCCAUGCACAGCUGAAGGCAAUGACCUACACAGCACUGGCAGACCUGCAGGACAGGGCAGGAGACCUACAGACCUCGCUGCACCAUUUACAGAUUCUCGACAAGACGGUGCGGGUGCUGACAGCGGCACGGGCUGAGCUGGAGCCAGUGCUGCGGGAACGGCGGCAGCGUGUGGUCGCACUCCUAGACGACCCACGCUGCACCUCCUGCGCCAGCAUCCUGGGCAGGGCACAGAGCCUGGAGCUGGGUGCUGACUACAGCAAGGUGCCCUCAGUGGAGAAGGUUUUGAAGACAUUGGCUGGUCUGCCCCGAAGUGAUUUUGCAGAGAUGAUUCGGCAGGGCAACGGUACCUUCAACUCUAUCCCAGAGCUGGCUGUGGAGAGGAUGGCACAGGUCAUUCAGGAGCUGCGGGAGGAGAUGACCCAAGUGUCAGAGAAGGUGCAGAGCAUUGCCGAUGGCUUCCCCCUCCCUGACUAUACCUGGCAUGUCAGCGAGGCCCUGCUGAAGGCAGAGAACCGGACCCAGCCUUUCCUCCGUGAGGUGGAGCGCUUCGAGCGGUACAGGUGGAUCACGGGCAUGGCACUGUGCUCCAUCAUCCUCCUCAUCACUGCCUGCAACGUGGUGGGGAUGGCCCUGGGGGCAUAUGGGCUCUCCAAGCGGGAGGACCCAAGUGACUACGAGUGCCGAGGAGAAGCUGGCGCCAAGUUCCUUAUGGUUGGCGUAGGCCUGGGUUUCCUGUUCUCCUGGCUCCUCAUCCUCUUGGUUUUUGCCACGUUCCUGGUUGGGGGCAACAUCCAGACAUUGGUUUGCAGGAAUUGGGUCAACCAGGAGAUUUAUAAGUUCAUUGACACCCCUGGGAACCUGCCUCCAUCCAUGAACCUCACCCGCCAGCUCAACCUCAGGAGAGACUCCAACCUCAGCACCACUUACCGGGAGUGCAAGAGUGGUGCAGGUCUGUGGGAGGUGCUGCAGCUAGAGAAGUCCUAUGACCUGGAUGAGCACCUCAAAACACCCAAGUACACGGCCAACUUCCAAAAACGCCUGGGUGACUUCACAACGCACCUUGGUGAUGUGCGGCUCCUCCGCAGUGAGGGCAGGCAGGAUCUGGAGACCUUUGCCCGCAGCGGCGUGGACGAGGUAGACUACAGACGCUUCCAGGAGGAGAUGAAAAUCCCUGUAGUGCAGACCAGCCUCCCUGGCCUUGCAAGGAGCCUGGAGGGGCUGCAGAAAAUGCAGAGGAAUGGCACAGUGGCAGGGCGGCUGGCUACUGAGGCCCAAGCCCUGUGGCAGAUACAAAACUCCACGGUGCAAACACAGGAGGCUUUGGUGGUGAAGCUGGGAGAAAGCAUCCGGUUCCUCUCUCAAUUGGCACCACACCUCCAGGAGCGGGUGAAGACAACGCUGGCCACCACAGCCUCGGUGGAAGCCCAGCUGCCCUUGCAAGCCCAGCAGAUCCUCCGGCAGGAGAUUGGCUGCUUCACAAGGAAGGAGCUGAGGUACUUUGCACAGUACCUACACUGGGUUGGGCACACGCUGAGGGAGGAUGUGGCUUCAUGCCAGCCACUUGCCACGGCCCUGGACAAUGGGCGGGUGAUCCUGUGUGACCGCAUUGCUGACCCCUGGAAUGCUUUCUGGUUUAGCCUGGGAUGCUGCACCUUCUUCCUCAUCCCCAACAUCAUCUUCGCCAUAAGGCUCACCAAACAUUUCCGCCCCAUCCGCAACAGACUCAUCUCUACAGGGUCAGAGGAGACCUGUCCUUUCCACAUCCCCCGUGUCACAGCACUCAAGCUCUAGGCCAGGCUCUGCCAGUGUCUGAGCACUCAUCAGGGACACCCCCAGAGCCUGGCUGAUGGAGGGUGCCAGGACGUGCCCCCGCAGAUUCCGCUGACCGCUGGUGCUCCCGCUGCACAUACAGACCCUGCUGGGAUGCACACCCGACUCCCUCCCACCCACCACAGCCCUCCUGCAGCAGCACACUGCGAUGCUUCUCUGCUCCCAGGAUGGACCCAGGAAUGGAGCACAUUAAACCCUCCCAUGCCAAACCCA